AUGGCAGACGCUAAUAGUUUAAGACAGCGAUUAUCAUUACUCGUCGAUCAGAUUACACAAGAUGUUCAAAUAAUUGAAUCAACACGUAGUUUAAGUUCUAAACAUCGUGUAGAAAACUCGAUUAAUGAAGCAACUAAAUUAGCUCGUGAUCUUGAACGUCUUGAUCCAUCAUAUGGACGUGAAUAUAGGCAACGUAUUGAUGCAAUUCGUCAACGUUUAGAGAAUGUGAGCAAAGUUCCUGUACAUGGUGCAUGGAAUUCUGGAUUUGAUCCAGAAGUUGAUAGACUUGGACAACAGCAACGUGAUUUACUUUUACGUGGUCAUGGUUCAUUAGUCCGUACUGGUGAAUCAUUACAAAUAUCUCGUCAAACGGCUCAUGAAACUGAACAAAUAGGAAACGAAAUAAUGUCUGACUUAACAACACAACGUGAAGCACUUUUACGUACACAAAAUAAAUUAAAUGAAGGUGGUGAACAUUUGAAAUCUGGUAGUAAAACACUUCGAUUAAUGUAUAGCAGGUAA